ACUUUAAUGAAUAACUCAGGAUUGACGGCAGUCUGAAGCACUGGCCCACAUUAGUAAUUAUAUUUGAGGUAUUUUCUCUACAACCUUGAAAAAUAAUAUAAUGGACUUGUCACUUAACGAACUCAAUUUGUUCUCAAGGGCUGGUUGUAACGCAGAUUGGUUGUUAAGUCAAGACUUUUUCUCAUAAGAAAUAAUGGGAAUAUCCGUAAUGUGUUCUGAAUAUUCCAAAGCAUCCCUUACGCUUUUCGUAAUGAAAAAGGUUGUAUAUGUGCACAGUUUCAGAAACACCAAUAAUUUUCCUAGUGUAUUUACCAAAAUAUUUCAAAAUGUGCCUCCUUUACCAGAAACAACAAUUUCAUACUUUUCUCACCGCGUAAGUUGACAUCUCCUGCUCGCAGGAAGGGACGAUAAAAUGGAAGGUGGUUAUUGUUUGGAAAGAGUCCUCGUCUAGAAGAUCAGGAAUCUGGCUCUCUGGUGUCCUUUCUUUCCUUGGGAGAGUAUGAAGCCCUGGCUUACUGUGUCUCAACUUUUUCAGAACUAAAAAGUGGUCUAAGGUUGUCUGUUUCUGUCUUUUCUUUAACUCUGUUCUGUAAUAUGACAUGAAAUGUUAUUAAGCAAGUGAAUGCAACACUUAGCUUUUUGUCUGUCUGGCUUGGUCUUCUCUACAAAUGUAGCUCUUGUCCAUUUUUUAGGAUUUCCUUUAUUUCAGAAGAUUUUUCUGCAUUGACUGUUGAUGGUACUUGUCCUCUUCGGAAAGCUCCUCAGCUGCCAUUCUCUGAUCCUCAGCCAGAAGUUACUGAAGUUCCUUUGUAGACAUUUCCUCUGAGUGUUCCUCCACCAGUUCUUGAAUAUCACUGUUGUCUACCUACAGUCCUGUGGACUCUGUAGUGACAGUGUCAUCAACCACAAGGUCAAAUGAAGUCUCACAUACUUCAUUUCUAAUGUGUAGAAUACCUCUACACAGUAUUCAAAGUCUCUCUCCUUUAUCACUUUGGGCCACACUUUCAUUCAGACAGAUCUCAGCAUCCUUAAAGAAAUCGGCCCAUGAUUUCUCAGUUAACCUCCAUAGGAAAGGGUGUUGUAAUAUUCCUUCCAGAACUCUUUAAGGCUUAAAUCUGUAUCUGAGAGUGUUUGGAAACGUUUCAGGAACAGUUCCUUGGGGAAUAGCUUCCUAAAGUUAGCUAUACCCGUAGGUCCAUAGGCUGCAGUAGAGGAGUUAUAUUAAGUGAGAGGAAAUCGACUGAGAGCCAUGGGAAUUCUUUAGUUAGUUAUUGCAAAUCUCAUGGAUUAGCAGGAGCAUUGUCCAUGAUGAGCGCCUUGGCCCUCUAGGUAUUUCUUAAUAGUAAGAUACAAAGUCUCCCUGAUCUUCUCACGGAAAAGUAUUCUUGUUACUCGGCUUUUGCCUUUUUGGAUCUCCACAUGACCCCUAACUUGUUCUUCAUCACUUUGUGUUUUCUGGGGUUCUCAGAGUGAUAAACCAAGAGAGGUUUUAUCACCACUCACAUUGGCAUACGGCCAUAAAAUUAGCCCACCCUUCAUAGGGGUGUGGCCUUGGAUUUUCUUCGCUUUCUGAGUAAUGUAUGUUCUCCUGGCCAUUUUCCAGAAAAGGCCAGUUUCAUCAGAGUAAAAACUUGAUGAGAACACAAGCCAUUUCUCUGUGUCAUCAUUUCAAAAUGUUGUAUGUCAUUUUUAGCACCGGCUGCUUCAGGGUGCCUAGUUACACUGCGAACCCCAGUUCUCACUAAAAAUUGUGAAACCACCUCUUACUGGCAUGAAAUAUUUCAUCUAUAUCACUCACUGACGCAUCUUACGAGGGCUGCAUUGCUCCAUCUGCCUUUUGUUUAGCUGUCCUUCCUACCUUGUCUCACACCGCUGAUUGUGACUUACUAAUCAGAGUAACACCUUUGGCAACACUAGCUUCCUUAUACAAGCCUGAAAAGAGAAAUCUGUCAGAUUGUCAAGAUGGUGGAUUUUGAUGUGCUAAUAUGUAUCAGUCACAUGAACAACACUUUCAUAUUUCUCCAGUUUCCUUCUUUUUAGUUGUGAUUGUUUUCCCUCCCUCCCUUCCUUCCUUUCUUCCUUCCUUCCUUAACUUCUUUUCUAGCUUUUUUGGGGCCAUUUACUUUGAGUAUUUGACAGGUUUAGAGAUUGGUCCGAACUCACAUGGGAAAAACUUUACUUUGGGGCCAUUUUGAUACCAGUAAUCGUAGCAAUUAUGUAAAGCACUGACCAAGAUCACAUCCACAAGUACACACAUCUGGGCUCAGACUGAUGCUUACACAUGCUUUUCUGGCAUCGUGAGUCUUUGUUUAAAACCACACAAGCAACCGGCAUUUGGGUCGUAACUCAAGUUUCUGGUCAUAAAAAACCAAAACCUAAAAUUCUGGUUGUAACCCAAGUUGUCUGUGUGUGAGUACCAGUCUUAAAGAGAGUCCACCGUACUAAUUACUGGGUGUGGUGGCAAAUGCCUGUAAUCAGAGCAAUGAAGAGACUGAGAUAGGAGAAUCACUGAGUUUAGGCCAGCCUGAAUUACAUAGUGAGACCCUGUCUCAAAAGACCAAAAAUAGUAAUAAUUAUUCUGUUUAAGCAGAGGAGUUUGAACUGAGCGUGUGUGUAUUUGGGGGUGGGAUGGGGUAGGGAGCUUAAAAUUAUUACCCAAAUAUCAUUGUGCCCCUUUCCUCUUUAAUAAUAUUUUUGACCAAGAAAUAGGAAUAACCUAAAUAGUAGGUAUUGUGCUAGAAAAUCCUGAAAUCUUAACAGUAUAGGAAGCUUGAUGAGCUCAUAGUUCAGAGCAUGAAACAGCAUAUAAUCCCAGUGCCUGACAGUAGUGUCUCAGUUUGGGAAUUGAGGAUCACAAGUUCAAGGCCAGCCUGGACUACACAGAGAGAGCUUGUCUGAAAAAAGCAGUUUUUUGGCAAUGAUCCCAGGGUCUGCUCUAAGGGGGUAUGCAGAGGGAGCACAGAGAAGGAGGUAAUGUCUUGUUUGGAAGGAGGUAGAGAAGUUUCUAGGAAUAAGUGGACCUUGGAGGAUGAUGAGUCAGAGUCACUGGGUAUUGUGGAGGUUCUGGGAAUGAUGAGCAGUUGGGAAAAUUCUAGGAAAACGGUAGAAUAAAAAGCUAAAGACAUCUUGGUCAUAAAAUAUAAAGAGCUUUUGUGCCAUUUGGAGCAAACUAUAACCGGGAGCUGUUAAUGGAUCGUAAACAGUGAUUGAUCAGCUUUAGCUGUUGCAGAUGACUAGAUGGACAGGGAGAGUCAUUUAGUUACUUCAUUGAUAGAACAUUUAUUUUGUGUCUGCCAUGGCCAGGCCUGGACAUUGCCUGGCAGAGGUCACACUCUGAAAGCCUAGGACCACAGCGAGGUCCCUGCACUGGUUCUUUGAGCAGCGCAGUGGUGGCUCUGGGAACUGGUUAGAGUACCUGCCGCCAGCCUACUGCAGCCCUGCUGAGGCAGUACCGGGGGCAGGCCCAGCAGUAGUGUUUAACAAGCCCUCAGCAAUUCCAGUGGUUGGUGUCAGGAUUGCUGGGCAGCUAAGGAAGAAGGAAUGUUGCUGGCUUAACCUAAGGAUGCCGCAGCAAGGUCACAGAGAAGCCAUGGAGUUGAGAGAAAUCCUGGGGUCCCACCCAUAUGCCUUAGGAGGGAAGGCUUUCUGGUUUGGGCCACUGGUAAGAGAUGGAGCCACUGUGAUUCCACAUGUGCCUUUCUUUCUGCUCUGCCCUUUUCCACGAACCGCACUCUGUCACAUACCUCCCAGCCUUUUCUCAUUCGCAUAGCACACAGUGGCAGGGGGAAAGGGGCUGCUUGAGGUGGAAAGGGAGCAGCUGGUGGGACUGAAGCUGUUGGUGUUUCAAGCUUCUAAGCUGAGCCGCAGUCGCAACCCCAGCACUCUGCUGGGGAGUUUGGCUUCUUGGACGGUGCUGAGAAAUGGAGGUACUCACUAACUUUGGUAAUAUAAGGCAGCCCUAGAAGAAUUUAUACCCUUGACUCAUUCAUUCCUUUCUUGAAAUAUCUCCCAAAUAUAUAACAAAAGAGAAGAAAGCCAUUGUAUCUUAUGUGUAAUAGAGGAAGCCACCCACUCUGGGUGGUAGGUGAAUCAUUUUUGUGUGUGGAAGUUCGCACUGGCAUUGGAAGCUUGUGAAUGUAAAACCACAAAGAGACAUUCAUUGGACAGCAUCUAGUGAGUGUCAGCUGAGGAUGCCAUGGUGAGCAGCAGGGGGGGCCCUGCCCUGGUGAGCCUCUAGAGGGCAUCAAGCAGCCAGGUGACCUGCUGCUUCAGUCAGUGACUGGUGUUUGACAGAGGCCAGUGGACUGUGCAAGGGCCAGGCAUCUGAUGUCUAGGGAGUGAGACCAUGGCAGUCAUGAGAUCUAAAGGGUGCUGUGAUCCACCUCUGGCUGCCAUGAAAGGGUUGCUGGUGAGAUGCAGAGCAUGGCCCAGGCUGGCCACCCGCACCCCCCAGCUCUGCAGGCCCUUUCUCUAUAGAUGUCAGCACUGUGCCCCAGGGAGAGGGCAGCGCCUGGUACUGUCCGGCAUGUUCCAGCCACAGAACCUGCGGGAAGACCAGGUGCUGUCCCUGGAGGACAGGCCCAGUAAUCUGACCUGUAAGAGCCAGCGGCUGAUGCUGCAGGGCGGCCUGAUCCUCCCAGCAAGCCCCGGCUGUUACCACCUCCUCCCCUACACUGUCCGUGCCAUGGAGAAGCUGGUGCGGGUGAUAGACCAGGAGAUGCAGGCCAUUGGGGGCCAGAAAAUCGACAUGCCCAGCCUCUGCCCAGCGGAGCUCUGGCGAGCCACUAGCCGCUGGCAAUUGAUGGCCAAGGAGCUGCUGAGGCUUAGGGACAGGCAUGGCAAGGAAUAUUGCUUAGGACCAACUCACGAGGAAGCCGUUACAGCCCUGGUUGCCUCCCAGAAGAACCUGUCUUAUAAGCAGCUUCCAUUCCUGCUGUACCAGGUGACAAGGAAGUUUCGGGAUGAGCCCAGGCCCCGCUUUGGUCUUCUCCGGGGCCGAGAGUUUUACAUGAAGGAUAUGUACACUUUUGACUCCUCCCCAGAGGCUGCUCGGCAGACCUACAGCCUGGUGUGCGAUGCUUACUGCAGCCUGUUUAACAGGUUGGGGCUGCGAUUCAUCAAGGCUCAGGCAGAUGUGGGCAGUAUCGGGGGCACCAUGUCUCACGAGUUCCAGCUGCCAGUGGAUAUUGGAGAGGAUCAGCUUGUCAUCUGUCCCAGCUGCAGUUUCUCAGCCAACAAGGAGACUCUAGACUCAUUACAAACAAACUGCCCUGCCUGCCAGGGCCCUCUGACCGAAACCAAGGGCAUCGAGGUGGGGCACACCUUCUACCUGGGUACCAAGUACUCUUCCAUUUUCAGUGCCCAGUUUGCCAAUGCCCAUGGUGAACUGUCCCUGGCUGAAAUGGGGUGCUAUGGCCUGGGUGUGACACGGAUCUUGGCUGCUGCCCUUGAAGUUUUGUCCACAGAAGACUGCAUCCGCUGGCCCAGCCUACUUGCCCCUUACCAAGUCUGCCUCAUCCCUCCUAAGAAGGGCAGCAAGGAGGCAGCGGCCACAGAGCUCGUAGAGCAGCUGCACGAUCACAUCAUUGAAAGGGCCCCUCAGCUCCGAGGGGAGGUUGUGCUAGAUGACCGGACCCAUCUGACCAUUGGAAGCAGACUGAAAGACGCCCACAAACUGGGCUACCCCUUUGUGAUCAUUGCUGGCAAGAGGGCCCUGGAGGUCCCUGCACAUUUUGAGGUUUGGUGCCAGAACACCGGUGAAGUAGUCUUCCUCACACAGGAAGGAAUCGCCGAGCUCCUGGCCCAAGUGCAGGUUGUCUGAGUGCCCCGUGCCAUCACCGUGACACUGCACUUCCUACCGCUUCCCUGGGCAUUAGUCCAGAAACAGGGCAGCUUGUGAGGGUUACACCACUGCAGGGAAACCAGUCUUUAUCUACCCAUUUACUCAGAUUAUUUGUACGGAAAGUUGUUAACCCAGUCACUUUCUCUUAAGCUGGCUGUGCACCGUAUGCCAGUCCUUUGGGGAAGCUUCUUGCAGAAGUCUGAGAGGCAAGAAAGGCCAAGUUCUAGUCCUGGCACUUAGGCAAGUCCCUUCCCUUCUCUGCCAAGUUCCUCAUCUAUAGGACAAGAGUGGCUGAAGGGCAGGGUUCCCCUCAUCACACUCCAUCCUGCCAGUCUACCAUGGGUCUCUGGCUGCGCUCGGUCCAGGAGAGCAGGGCUGCCAGGUCUCCCCCACUGUGAAGCUGAGAAUCAGGAGAUCUGCUACCUGCUACUGGCUUAACCUCCCCAUCUGUAACAGGAGACAAUGUAACUAGAUUCAUAAAGUCCUUGCAGCUCCCUGCAAAUGGCCUGUGAAAGGGUUUUGGCCCAGACAGGACACUGUAGCCAGAAAAGCCUCAACCGGAAGCAGGAAGCCCUAGCUUCCUGCCCCUGGAAAUUUACAUAUGGCUCCAAACCUAGGACCAACGGGCUACCUGUGCAUCCCUAAUGCCCUCCUUAGGUUCCACCCCAAAUGGAGGCUAUUUACAUACCCCCACGCCACGUGUCCGCCUGAGAGAUCACCGGCCUGGGGGGUGGAGAUACCAUGCCCCAGGGGGUCGGGGUGUCUCUCCCCACAUUCCCAGAAUAAAGGUUAUUUAUAUUUCA